UGACGUGAUCCCCGCUCGCCCGCCUGCCCGCCCGCUGCCUGGCUUCCCCUCCCCCGCGGAGCUGUGAGGCAACGGCGGCCGUGGCGGCUGAGGGGCACCGCGGGGCCUAGCGGAAGAGGCCGGGCUGGCGCGGGCGGAGAGGCGCCGGUCCUACCGCCGCCGCUGCUGCUGCCAUGGAGGGGAUGGACGUGGACUUGGACGCGGAGCUGAUGCAGAAGUUCAGCUGCCUGGGCACCACCGACAAGGACGUGCUCAUCGGGGAGUUCCAGCGCCUGCUCGGCUUCCAGCUCAGCCCCGCCGGAUGCGCCUUCUUCCUGGACAUGACGAACUGGAACUUACAAGCAGCCAUUGGAGCCUACUAUGAUUUUGAGAGUCCAAACAUCAACGUGCCCUCCAUGUCCUUUGUAGAAGAUGUGACCAUAGGAGAAGGAGAGUCCAUUCCCCCUGACACCCAGUUUACAAAAACAUGGAGGAUACAGAACACAGGGGCAGAAGCAUGGCCUCCAGGUGUUUGUCUUAAGUACGUCGGGGGAGACCAGUUUGGCCAUGUGAACAUGGUGAUGGUCCGAUCAUUGGAGCCCCAGGAGAUUGCAGAUGUCAGCGUUCAGAUGUGCAGCCCCAGUACCGCAGGAAUGUAUCAAGGACAGUGGCGAAUGUGUACUGCCACAGGACUCUACUAUGGAGACAUCAUCUGGGUGAUCCUCAGUGUGGAAGUUGGAGGACUUUUAGGAGUAACACAGCAGCUGUCAUCAUUUGAAACAGAGUUCAACACGCAACCACAUCGCAAGGUAGAAGGAAACUUUAACCCAUUCGCCUCUCCGCAGAAGAACAGGCAACCAGAUGAAAACAACUUAAAAGACCCUGGGGGUUCCGAGCUAGAUACAAUCAGCAAAAACACGUGGGGGCCUGCUCCUGACCAAAUUGAACAAGAUCAGACUGAACUGUCACAAAACUCUGUAAAUCUCUCCCCCAGCAGUCACUCAAACAACUUAUCAGUAGUGACAUACAGUAAGGGUUUUCAUGGUCCCUACCCCUUUGGACAGUCUUAAAAACAAAAACGGGUAUCGUCAAGAAGAGAAUUUACAGUGAGCGGACUUGAGAGGGAGGGGGAGUUCUUGUGGCUUGUAGAAGAUACAGCAUGAACCCCCUUCUUGGUCUCCAUAUCCUGGGAUAAGAAGAAAACAAUAACUUAAGACUAGCUGUUUCCAGAAAAAAAACUAAAGUAUGCAUGUAUGAAUGCUGAAUUUCAAGAGUGCUAUUCAGUGCUAUGAGAGCGAAAAAUACACCAAUGUUUUUGUUUUAGGAGUCGUCGUCACAGUUAAUUAGGUAGCCUAAAAGAAAUUUUUAAAAAUGCUUAAAAUGGAAAAGCCAUCUCUUUUUAAAAAGAAAAAAAUUAUUUUGCCUACAGAGCGGUUGUAGUCUGAGCAGAUGUUAAUUUUUUUUUCGUUUCUUGUUGAUGACUUUCUUUUUAAAAGGGACAGCGUGCAUUUUUAUGGAGAUGCGCUUGCUAUGGAAUGGAAGCCUGGUGUUUUCUUGGCUAGUUCAUCAGCUAUUUGUAUGUCGUGGUAUUAAUUUCUAGCUGGAUCAAUAUCCAGAUUCAUAAAAUGUUUGCUUUUUUCUUUUUCUUUCUAGUUAUUUGCUUUUUAAAAAGCUGCUGACAUCAUUUUGCUGGGCAUGAUGUGUAUUAGUCAUCUGCUACUUCUUUUAUAUUUGAUAAAGUUAUAUAGUCCCAGUUUUUCUGUUUAAGGGUGGUGCAAACAACUGGAGAGUGAUAGAGGACUGAAAUGAUGGAGACUGAUCCUUGUGUGUUUUGAACAUGUACUUCCAAAGUUUUCACUGAAUGGUUAGCAUAUUAAAAUAUUCCCAUAUCCAUUAAUGAAUAAGUACUGUCUUUGAGACAGCUAUGCAUGCAUAUGUCAGUUUUGUGCCAAGAAAAAAAUCAAUUAGCUGUAGAGCACCAGUCAUUAAUCUUUCAUGUCAUUCUAGGUGAAAACCUCACAUUUUCAUAUUUAUAAUUUGAAUAACCAGCUUUAUUGUUCAGUGAUAAGGGUACAUGUUUUGUUGGCAGAGACCAAAUUGCUUUGAACAUGUGGAUGGAAGGGUAAUCAAACGCCACUCAUAACAAUUACUUCUUUAUCAGAUUUCUUGUUCUCUGAACUUUUCAAGACAGGACUCUUUGGAAAGAGGGAGAGUAUUGAAGGGUUGGAAUUGUUUUGAGGUCUAACUGUGUGCUGCCUAUGAAGAAUGAUAGCCAUAUGUAACUGAGGCCAAGCUGUCCAAUUCCAUAGUGAAAAAUAGCAGAGCUUGGUCUCUUGAAAUUCUUCGGUUUUGCAUCAGUAUAAGACCUUGAAAGACAAGCAGGCUUAUGGCAGGGAGAAGGGUCCUCUGUCUGAUUCAGAAACUUGAACACAGCAUCUAUCUGCCAAAGAUAUGUGUAACUAUAUGCAAUGCCCCCUUCCUUUCAUCUCAUUCAAAAGACCAAAACUGCAUACUCUGAGAGAAUAAUGGUUGUGUGGAUAUGUACAGAUGGGGUAAUACAGAAUUCUUUUAGGCCUAAGUAACAUACUUCAAGUUACCUUGUUUCAUCUGUUGGUAUGCAGAGCUCUUUUCCUAUUUUGUGUAUCUGGCUGUAGUGCUGCUUCUCACCAAAAGAAAUGGAAGCAUAUACAUAGUAUAACCAGACCUAUCCUGGAGGACAUGCACUUAGGUGCUCAGUCUUUUAGGACCAGUUUAAUAUCUAACUUGGUAUUUUCUGUUGUGCAUAACAUGCAUAAUUUAAUUAUCCUACCUUCUAUCUGACUCAAAGAGACAUUGAACAUUGUAAAUCAUUAUUGUCAGAACCUAAUCCUGAGUAAGUUUUGAUAGUAUAAGAAAAAUUAUUUUAUCAGUGCUUGACCUUUUCUUCAGUAUGGCUCUCCAGAACUUAAAUCACCCUAGGCAAUGCAUUCCCCAAAUGCAAAAUAUAUCAAAACUGAUUAUGUAAGAGGAUUAUGUAAAGGAUUAAUCAUGGUGAUUACUUUUAAUUGAUUUUGUUUUUUUUCCUGCUCUGAACACAACUUUUAUGAAAGGCAAGUGAUUGAUCGACUGAUUGAAUGACUGUGAGCAUCUAUGUUUUUGCAGCAACACUGAAAGUCUUGAAAGUUGUGACAACUGGAAAGUUCAAAGCCAAAUCAAAAUGGCUUCCUUUUCUAUUUAGAUCAGUUGUUCAAGAUAUCACCUAUCUGAAAUGUCAUUGAUACUACGGAGACCAUCUUCUGUUUGACAGCUCAGAGAAAAAUGAUACUUAUUGCCAGCUCUUGUUCUCUUAGAGCAUUAGUUCUCCAGUAUUGGUCCUUCACAUGUUUUGGGCUUCAGCUCCCAGAAGCUCCAGUUGAUAAUGUGGCCAACAUUGAAAGUUGUGAGGAUGGUGGGAGUUACAGUCCAGCAACAUCUGGAGAGCCACACAGUUGUCCACUAUUACCUUAAAGCAUAUAGAAAUAUCCUUUCUCCUCAGUUUAUACCCCAUGCUUUUUCCUUUCAAGUGCUAGUGCCUUUUGUUAAUGAAGUUGUCACCUCCAGUGAAAAAGGGUAACAGCCAGAGCCAGUGCGCAACUACUGUAAGUUGCAUUAACACUUGUCUUCUCAUUAUCACUAGUCUCUGAGUUCUCUCAGAAAAUAAAUAUGCUUUUCUCUUUGGGAUGAUCUCUAUAUAAAUAGUUACAAAGGACUCAUAUCUGUUUGUAGGUAUUUUGCGUGGGGUGAUAAUCCUUUGAGUAAUAACAAUGGGAGGAUGACUCCAAUUUCUUUUCUCAAAAAUUCUUCCCAUGAAAGCACCAUCCACUUCAUUGCUUACUGCAUCUCUCAGAUUUAAAUUCAUUAAUUUGUAAAGCAUUUACAGGAAUUUUUAAUCCGUAUGAGCACUAAAUCAUAUAAUUGCCUCUGAGCAGCACUUUGAAACAUGAACAGUAAGGACAUGUUUGUGUUUAGAUGCAAAGGCUUUCUUUCUUUCAGAAGCACUUUUCUCAUGACCAUUGGGAAAGCUGGUGCUACAGGUGGCCAUUUUUUUCUUUCCCAGUGGAUAACCUGUGGCUUUUAACAACCAAUGAGCAGAAACCAAGUAGCUUGUAUUACAUGAAGGUGCAGUAACUAGGGCCAGAUGUAGCUGCAGGAAUUGCUGCAGCUCAUGCAGUUUUUAGAAGCAUAGACCUUUGUAAGUAGAAGCUGUUGUCUUGUUUAAAGCUCUCUUUAGGCUAGCAUCUCAUGUAACAUCUUUCCAAUACAGAUUUAAGCUCAUAUUGGAGGAAACUGUGUAUGCACUCAUGUUUUAGAGUGGUGGGAGUGUUUGGGUUUUCACUUCAGUGAUGUGUGGCUCUCAAAGUGCUGUAAUUAUAGUAAAAUAAAAGCUUCCACCAGCUCUGAACAGUAUAAUGUAUAUACAUUUUCCCCUCUUACAUUUGUAGGAAAAUUUAUUAAUAAAAUACCCCUCAGCCCCCAUUUCAAAUGUAGUACUGCUUGCUUAUGAACAAAGCCAAAUGUUGACUGAUUCAUUCCCAUGUUCCUGAUUUUAGUUAUAGAGUGGCUAAGAUGAUUCCCCAACUUUAGACUGCUUCAUGUAGUCAGUCUAGCUGGCUCUGUCUUCAUUUUACUUAGCAAUUUAUUUUGGAAGAAGUUAUGAUGGAUUCCUAAGAGGAAGAAGUGAUUAUCAAUUUGCAAAGAGAAAAUUCCACUUUUCAUUAACAGUGUUCUGUUUGCAAUAUUCUAUUUUAAAUGCAAAUUUAAUCAUAGCCCAUUCUGUUGAGUUUGAAAAUAUCCUGGUAACCCUUGCAUCUGAGAUAUGACUUCAAUCUGAGAUGAACGAGCAACCAGACUUUUUACCAGGCUGGCUCUAUGCCUCUCUGGCUCAAAAUAAGCUCUGCCUCUUUUUGCGGUUGAGUAUCAGGUCUGCACUAGCAGGCCGAGUUGUGUUUAUUUGGGGCAAGAGAAGGUGAAGGCUGCAUCCUGAGGCCUCAGGGAUUUGAAAGUUUGUACUCAUCCUUCCCCCAGCUGUAGAUGAGCACAGCCUGAAUCUCUAUAGGUACAAGUAUAACUGAUGUUUUCUGGGGCUAAGAAAUGCACGCUGUCCCAUGUCUGGGUUUCCUUUUUUUUUCUCUUCUCUUGUGUGAGUGAGUGGUUGAUUCUGCAGCCUGUCUUUAUUCUCUCUGGGGGGAGUGCAUGUGUAGAGCAGGAUGGUGUGUUGCUUCAUUGAGUCUGGGAAGAAUCCUGUAAUAGCACAUUGUGGGGAAAACAAAGAUGCUUUUUCCUUAAUGUAUAAAUGAAUAUUUGUAUGAUUAAAUUAACACAAAACAA